UUGAAGAUGGAAAUAAGGCGACUGACACUACUGCUGAACCCACCGGUCUUGUUUAUGUCUGUGGGAAUCUUGCUGAGAUUGCUAUGUUCCAGCUGCCCUGCACCCUGCUACUGUCCUGCCCAUGACAAUACCACCCUGUGCAAGCACCGGCUCCUCAGCAUAGUUCCAGUAGAGAUACCUCUCUCAUCCAGUUUCUUGGAUCUCAGUUAUAACCGAAUCAGAAUGGUGCAGCACAGGGCCUUCUCCCAUCUGCAGGACCUGCAGGAGCUAGACCUGAGCCACAACCAGUUAUCCCGGAUAGAACCUGGAGCAUUUAGCGACUUGCCAAACUUGCACAUCCUAUUAGUCCACCACAAUCAGUUGAAACUGUUGACCCCUGGAGUAUUCUCAGGAAUGCCCUAUCUGACGUGGCUAGACGUCCGAGCAAACCAAUUGGUCAUUCUGCUGGAUCAGACUUUCCGGGGGCUCCAGGAGCUUAGGCACUUGGAGAUUGGGGACAAUCCUUUUCUGUUUAUAUCAUCUAGUGCUUUCUUGGGGAUGCCCCUGCUGCAGAGAUUGGGGCUGGAGAAUACCAAACUGGGAAGUGUGCCUUCUCAGGCUCUGUUCACCCUGCCCCGGCUCUCUGAGCUCCGGCUGGGAGGAGUAACGAGCUCGGUGCUGCGGGAUCUCUCGUUUUCAGAAAUGACGUUGCUAAAAGUAUUAGAUAUGGACCACUGGCCUUCCCUUGCAAAUCUUGGGCCACUCAGUCUCUCUGGACUGAACCUUUCCUCCCUGUCACUAACGCAGUGUAAUCUAAGCUUAGUACCAGCAGAAGCACUGCAAUCUCAAAUUCAUCUUCGGAGAUUGGAUCUGUCUCAGAAUCCAAUUACUGUCCUUAUCGGACGUUGUUUCAGUGCACUGAAAAACUUAGAAGAGCUGCGAUUGUCUGGGGGGAAACUCCUUUCUGCACCUUCAGGUUCCUUCAACGGUUUGGACAACCUUCGCUUGCUGGACCUUUCGAAUAAUCCACUUUGCUGGGUUGCAGAGGACGCCCUGCCUCCACAUGGAACCCUAGAGACCUUGCUGCUAUCGGGGACUAACCUAUCAUGUGACUGCCGCCUUUGCUGGGUCUUGCAUCAGAAAAUUAAUUUGGGGGGGAAGCCACCACUCUGUGCAGCUCCUGCAUCGCUACAAGGGAUGGUCAUCCCAGACAAUUCUCAGCUGCUGUGCCCAAACCUUUUCACCUGCCAUGCCCCAAGGAUAGUGGAGCAAGGACCACGAGAAUUAAAGGCGAAGGAAGGCGACAAGCUGACCAUCAGCUGCAAGAGUCAUGGUGUGCCUGAGCCCACCACCAACUGGGUGCUGCCACCAACACCAUGGACAGUAGACAAAAAAUCAGUAGUAGAGCAGGAUGCUGCAGGAAUGGCAGCUACGGAAUUCCCCCAGCAUGCACAAAUCUUCUCAGACCGGCUAACGACAGCCACAGAAGCUCAGACAUGGAGAACUCCACUCGUGGUCAAGGCUGUAGAGCGAGGAGAGGGAAGAAUUACAGUCCUGCCCGAAGGAUCGCUCCAGUUUCUCCCAGUGAAAGCAAAAGACUCCGGCGCUUAUCUCUGCCUGGCUAGUAACGUGGCAGGCAAUGAUUCUGCAUGGGUUCACCUGGAAGUGGCCCCAUUUAACGGUACUGCCCUUUUGCCUUCGCUUCCUAUAGUCCACAGUCAUCUUCUGAUUGUCAUCAGUGCUGGGGGCAUCCUGCCUUUCAUCAGCUCUGUCACUCUCUGCUUCAUCUUCAUUUUCCUCUGGAGCCGUGGACGUGGGAACAUCAAGCACACAGUCAACAUAGACUACAUCCCCAGGACUUCUCGAGGACAGGCAGCAGCAGAUGACAACAAAUUCACCAUGAAACUUCUCUAAGGGUUGGUUGCAAAGCAAAGAGGGGCAUGGAAUGCCUUUCUACCAUUCUGAAUCCUUUCAGAUGGUGGCAAUAUGUGCAGUCAUGGGUAGUGGGGGCUUCCAACUAACCAAAGUUGAACAAUAUUACGACUCCACGCAGAGAGCUCAGGCACUCAGGCCGCUGAGAUGCCAUAAUGCAAUGUUCUACACACACAAUACUCAUGUCUUGUAAUCACUGUGUUACUGCCCCCCAAUGAAAA